UAAUCAUACUCAAAUCCAACAUUUCAAAGCUUUUUCCAAAACCUCAAAAGUUCUCUUUGUCGUUAUUCUUGAAAAAAGAAAGUGUCUGAAUCAAUUUCAGCAACACAAUAUAAUAUAAUGUUUCAUAAUAUCAUGGUUAUAUUCUUCAUUUCUUUUUUGUUAUUUAUAAAUUAUUGUGAAGGGAAAGUGCAAUUACCAAAAAACAUGGUAGUAAAAGCAGUAUUUGCAUUUGGAGAUUCAAUAGUUGAUCAAGGAAGUAAUAAUCAUGUAGCAACUAUAGUAAAGUGUAAUUUUCCACCUUAUGGUAAAGACUUUAACGGUGGAAUGCCCACCGGAAGAUUCAGCAACGGCAAGACGCCGCCGGACUUCAUAGCUGAAGAAUUGGGGAUAAAAGAUUUUGUGCCAGCUUACUUAGAUCCAAAUUUGAAAAUUGAAGAUCUCAAAACCGGAGUAAGCUUUGCAUCUGGUGGUUGUGGAUAUGACCCUCUUACAGCUACCAUCGUGUCAGCUAUACCUCUAUCAACACAAUUAAAUCAGUUCAAAGAAUAUAUUGGGAAGCUAGAAGGGCUAGUUGGGGAAGAAGAAGCCAAUGAUAUUUUUAAAAAUAGCCUAUUUUUGGUGGUUGCUGGUAGUGAUGAUCUUGCAAAUACAUAUUUCACUGCUGGAGUUCGAUUAAAGAAGGAUGUUAACUCAUAUACUGAUCUCAUGGUGGCCAAAGCUUCUGAAUUUGUCCAAGAAUUGUACAAUUUAGGAGCAAGAAAAAUUGGGAUAUUUGGAGUUCCACCAAUAGGAUGUUUGCCAGCACAAAGAACGCUAGCUGGUGGGCCACAUAGAGUGUGUUCAGAAGAAUACAAUGAAGCAGCCCAAUUGGCCAACACAAAAUUCUCUUCUGAAAUUGAUUCAUUAUCCAAAAAGUUGGCCCAGUCCAAGCUUGUGUUCUUAGAUAUCUAUAAUCCUCUUCUUGAUCUCAUUGUCAACCCUCAAAAAUAUGGAUUUGAAGAAGUUGAUAAAGGGUGUUGUGGCACAGGAAAAAUAGAGGUGACAGUAUUAUGCAAUAAAUUUAGUGGAACAUGUGAAGAUGAUACAAAAUAUUUGUUUUGGGAUAGUUAUCAUCCAACUGAAAAAGGUUACAGGAUUCUUGUUGAUCAAAUCUUGAAAAAAUAUGUCAACAGAUUUUUGUAGAUGAUGAGCUCAAAUCAAGAUCAAGAUUAUGUAUCACCAAAUCUGUAUAAUUUGGAUCAAACUUUUUUCUGUUCAAUUAAUAGUUCAUUUAUGCAUAUCCAAGUGUUUAGGUUAGAAUUUAAUAAAAAAAUAUUGUUCAUGACAAA